UUCGCCACUCGGUCGAGCGAGGUGUAGCGAGAAGACGGACAGUCAAGUCAAACCGAUUCUGUCGAACCAGUUGCGUGCGAACCGUGACCGCGAAUAGACGUUAUUUUUGGGGGGUGGCGAACUUCCGGUGAAUUUGUACGAGUAGGAGGAAAACGAUCGAGCGCGCGAGUGAUUGUCCGAAUUUUUUCUGUCCAAUCGAGUGCCUGAAUAUUUUUUUGGCGCCGAAGUGUAGUUCUAAAUUUUGAAUUGGUGAUUUAAUCCUUGCUGCAGAAGCAAUAAUAAGAGCAGGAGCAACAAACAAAGUAUCAACAAGUGUGUUGGUGGGAAUCAGGUUGAUUGGUGUGAAUGAAAAGUAGAGCCGAAGUUUUUUGAAUGAAGAAAUUGUGACUUUAAAUAGUGUAUUGUUACGAGAUUGAGAGUGAACGACUUCAACGAUAACAAGGCAGCUUCAUUUAAAAGGCUCAGGAUAACUACGGUGGAUGGAUAAUAGUGAAAACCGGAAAAUAGAACUGUCUCCGAUCAUACUGCGGAUUUUUUUUCCUUCCUGCCACUAUUUGUCUGAGAUUUCCCACCCGCACCGGCAGUGUUUUCUAGUGAUCGAAUCGGCAGUUAAAAAGAUAAAUAGCUAGGCGAAGAAUAAACCCGCAAAGCAGCAAACAUCUUCCGUCAUCCCGCCAGAAGAAAACUGGAACCAUCAUUCGAUUUCCGGUCGGUCGCGGAAACCACUUUUCGUGAGUAGUGUAGAACGGUUGCGAAAACAGAAGACGCUAAGACGGUGAAACCAAGUUAGCUGUCGGAUGUGGAAGUGAUGGAACGAGGUUGUCCAAACAUUUGUUGAACCCGGUCAGUCAGUCAGUCAGUUAGUGGUUCAACCACUCCUCUCCAUCAGAAGAAGGUGUCGUCUAGGCUAGUGAAGAUCUGGAUCGACAACGGAACGGUAGCCCGGAGUAUUUCGUUUACUGCUGCUGCUGGGCCCCGGGCCAUUAAUUCGAUAACGAGCGCGUGGAAAAACAUUUUUCUUGUGGUGUGAAGGUGUAGAUAACUAUAUGUAGAACAUUAAACGACAAGAACAGAACAGAAAAUAAGCACCCCGGAAGAAGACAAAGUGUAAACUAGUUCACGAUGGGAGCGCCACCUGCCAAGAAGCCGCUGGUCAACCGGAACCUGAUAUCGCUCAAAGUUGUCCUUUUCCUGUUUUAUGCCGCCCUAGGAUGUUUGCACCCGUUCCUGCAGCGACACAUGACCCUCACCGGUCUCAACUAUAAGGAAUCUCAAAUAAUCUCAAUAGUAGCCCCGCUAAUUGCCGUCUUGGGACCAUUGAUCUUCGCCCCGCUAGCGGAUCGACUAGCGGGCACCAAUGGAUCAUCCUACGGCAAGCGGCUCCGCUUUAUGGCAUCGUUCUGCAUGAUCGUAUCGGCCAUCCUGUACUCCAUUCUGUUCUUUGCCGUUCCUCACGUGGAACGACAGGAGUCGAGCCGAUCGCAGGUCAGCUUUGCGUGCGAUCUCGAUGGGGCCAUCAUAUUCCAGCAACGGUGUUCCGAGGAAAAAACCUGCUACCAGUGGAAGCGGGAGAAGGUCGGUGAUCUCAAACUAACAAACUGCUCGUAUACCUGCCAGAAGCCGAUUGAGUUUCAAAAUCUAAACCAUCCGUACACCAAAGGUGUAACGGUAGGUCCAUCAACCGAAAGCUCCAUCGAGGAUGACGAGUACGAUCUGCUGGACGAAGCGCUGGAAGUCGUUCCGGCUCAUCUGGAAAUGCCGAAGGUUGAGGUGGACAACACGCCGAUCCCGGUGCCGCACAUCUGCGAACGUAAGGGAGAUCCGAAAACGGAAGUAUGCCACGCCUACACCACGGCCACCGAAUCUCUAAGUUUCAAAACCAUCCUUCGUAGUGCAGUGAACGACGAGAAUGAAACGCACAGCGCCGAAUGGUGUCGAUAUCCGUUGGAUGGCUUUUCGUGUAAUAUUCCCGAGAAACAGGUCGCCUGGAUGAAGCUGUUGAUCAAUUCGUCCAACUGUACCCCGAAGAUCGAGUGCGAGGUUCAUGAGCCGUACAAAAAUGACGAGAGUGUGCUGGCCGAGAGUAUUUGUAUGAGGGUUGUAGGCGAUCCGGAGCUAACCUUUUGGUCAUACCUGCUGGUGCGAUCGUUUGCCGACGCUUUCCCACUGGCGGCCAUCGUUCUUCUAAACGCAGCAACGAUCAUCGCCACGCGCGAAACUUCCACCGGCCGUGGAGACUUCGGUCGUCAGAUUGUCUGGGGAGCUAUCGGCUGGGCACUGUUCUACUUCGUGCUGUCGUGGGUGUUCGAAACAUACUACGUGUAUAUCGCGCUUGUUGUUUUGGCGGCUAUUGUACUGCUCUUUUCGACUGGAAUGCCACUAUCGCCACCGGAAAUGUGGUGGCACACCAAGUGCGGCAUGAUUGCCAUUCCGAUGUCUGCAAUUAGGCGAUAUGUUCCGGAGGCUGCAGCAUUGUGCUUGGUCACCCUGAUUUUGGGAACCUUCUGGAGUGUCUUGGAUAACUACGAAGGAGUGUUGGUGAAGAAUUUUGAAAUCCAUGACUUCGGCCGGGACGAAUACUACGGUAUGACUUGGAGCGUGUUUGUGAUCUUGGGAGCUGUUCUGGUGAUACCAACGCUUUGGUACGCUGAAAAUAUCGUGGACUAUUGCGGCCAUUCGAAUAUCUUGAUUGUAGCACUGACAACCUUCAUCCUACGUUUUGCCCUACUGGCCAGUUUGGACGUGGUUUGGUGGCGAGUUGUGAUCGAUUUCCUGUACCCCAUAACUCUUGGAUUAACCUGGCUCACGAUUGUGUUCUACAUGCGUCACAUUUUCCCGCGACGGAUCAUUACGACUGGCCAGGCCUUGCCGGUUAUUUUCCACUUCUGUCUGGGACGGUUUAUCGGAGCACUCGUCGGAACGUGGACCCAGCUGGACUGUCUGCUGACGACCUUCCAGGUGCUGGCCAUCGUCGCUUGUGCCGUUGCCGGAAUCUAUUUCCUGUUGUAUCAUCUGGUGCUGGCACCUCGUUGCGCCAACCGGCUGAACCAGAUGCCAUCGUCGUCAGCACUGCACAUCACGGCACCGGACUCCAAUGGUCAUCAAACCACAUCACCCCAGCAACAGCCACUGCAUCCCUCGAAUGGAAGCUAUCAGCCGCUUCGGAUCUAUCACAACUACCGCGGCCGCAAGGGCCAUUUUAGAUACUAAGGCAGCUGUGUUUUAAAUUUGUCUGCCGCUGAUGGCCGAUGAGGCAUCUAGUCUUCGUCAAUACGUUCGAGAAAAGAUUAUCUGCGUUGGGGAAAAAUGCGACUGUUUGGCAGAACGCACUGGAAGAUAGUUUGAACUACCAUUUAGAGAUUAUGAAGCCAUCUUUUACCAAACAAUCGAUAAAUUCAUUUUCAUUUCGCAUUGAUUAAGGAAAACACUUUUUGGAUAGAGUUGGCAUAGCACAAUAUUUACAACAGAAAUAAAAAAAAAUCAGGCUCAGGCAACUAAGAAAAACCAAUUUGGAUUAGUAACGAUUUAAGUAUCACAAAACAUUCAGUUUUUUCCGAUUUUUAAACGUUUAAACCAGUGCUUUCCACAAAAAACGAUCCGUAAAUCAGAUGAUCGAACACGAAAGCAGCCAAUGUGUUCCCAAUAAUCGAACAGUUAAUUUAUUAUAGAAUAUCGUUUUCACCAAUCAAAAUCGAACAAACUAUAGAUUGUAAAAACUGUUGAAUUGUAUUAUUUUUACAAGUAGCUUAACGAUGUAGAUGAAGCGAACAGAAUGUACUCUCUAACAUUACAUUUUUUAGCCCUUAGGACGAAUUUCUUGUUUUUAAAACUCGAAUUUAUACUUUCUCCCUAUCGCUAUCUUUGUACCACACACAUGAACAAUUAAAGAAUCUACGCUUAUACACAAAAUAACUAAACGUAAGUUUUCGAUUAGGAAUAAAACGCUGAAAACAAUCUUGUAAGAAAGGCUGAAAGCAAUCGAUCAUGACUAAUAACGGAAAAGAAACCACAAAAGAUGCCUGAACGUUGAGUGUACCUUUAAAUAAAUAAUAACAGUAAACGGAGUUAUUUUCCACACUUUUCUAAACAGUACUUUAGAAAAAAUGUGUUAAAUUCCUCUUACGAAUUGCAAAAAUAUCUGAGCUUAAGAUGUCAGCUUCGCUGCUGGAUUCUAAUGUUAUACACGUUGAAAGAAACACAUGAAAAUCAAGCACAAAAAAUGGCAACUAAAAUAUUGUAUGUUACGAAAUUAAGGGCACCUCGUUCCUUCAGACCAUUUAUUGUACAGCUUACAACCGAGCGCCUUAAAUAUUGAUGUCUUUCCUUAAAAUCAAUAUAAAAUCAACAAUUGGAUUUCCUAAAAAAAGAAAAACAAAUAACAGAAUAUAUAUUUACCAGAACAUGAUAUAGAGAAACAUAUUUAAAACUGAUAAAAAAAUAAUCGUUUGAAUUUGAGCCAGCAAAUAUCUGGAAAAAAAUUGAUAUCCCUGAAAACCUAAUCACACGAUUGUCUUUGACAAAAUGUUGAAACAAAAAGACGAAAAAUCGAUUCGAGAGCAACAAAAAAUUUCAAUAAAUUACGAUCACACAAUUUUUGGGAAAAGAAAGGAGAUCAGCAACUUAUUGUAAACCACGACUAAUGUUACUCUUGUUGACAAAUAUUUGUAAAUAA